AUGUACGUUGAAAUUUUUGUUCGUUUCCACAAUGAAACAUCGCAAGCCUUAGGAAAAAGAUUUGAAAAGCUUUGUGAGAGAUUGUUAGCUGUGAAUCUUAGAGAAUUUGGAUUAAUAGAGAAGUCGAGAUGGUGGUAG